UUGUUAUUGCUCUCGCGGGCCAACAUGCGCUCAUUGCGAGCCUCCCCGCUGUUGCCGGUCCUCCUCCCGCUGUUCCUUCUCCAGCAGCAGCACCAGCCGAGCCGCGCGGUCCACCUGCGGCACGCCCGCGAUGCCGCUCGGCCGCACGGAGGAGCCGCAGCUGGAGGAAGUGGGCACAUCCUGCCCACCUACAUGGUCCACCUGUAUCGCAACUUCAAGGCCAACGCGUCGGAUGCGGCCGAGCAAGAUGCCGAGAGGCGAGCGGACACAGUCAGGAGUUUGAUGGCCAAAGGGUUGGCGCACAGACACGGGCUGUGGGCAGCCACGUUCGACCUCCACGCCCUGCUGUCGGACAAGCGGAUCCAAGCGGCCGAGUUGAGAAUCCGACUUCCGCCGAGCGCCCCCAACACGUCGGUGGCCGUGUACCACCACGGCCCCGAGUGCCAGGGAGCGUCGGACAUCUGCCGCGAAACGCCGCAGCCGGUGGUUCUCUUAGGCCCGUCCUCCUUGGUCUCUUCCUCCCGCAGCUGGAGGGUCUUCAACAUGACGAGCCCGCUCCUCGCCUGGCUGCGGCAGAAAUCUUCGCUCAGGGUCCGGCGCAAACAGGCGAGGAGGAAGGCCGAGGCGGAGCUCCCCGAGCUGGGCCCCCCGGCCGACCGUGCCUUGCUGGUGAUUUUCUCGCACACCGGCUCCGACCGGAACCCCAAAGCCAAGGCCAGCUUGCUGCAUACGGCCGAGCGCUCCAAGUUCUUGAGCCCGGCUGAGAGCAGGCGGCCUGUGCGAUGGGGCGGCAAGAGGCGCAGGAGCAAGCGGGGUCACGGGGAACAGGCAAGCGCUGCCUCAGAGUGGAGAGCGAAUGAGUCCCUGUGCCGCAGAGUGGACCUGCACGUGGAUUUUAAUCACAUCGGCUGGGGGUCCUGGAUCAUCUUCCCCAAAAGAUACAAUGCUUAUCGCUGCGAGGGAUCCUGCCCAGGACCCUUGGGGGUCCACCUCAACCCAACCAAUCAUGCUUACAUGCAGAGCUUACUCAAACAUUACCACCCCAACCGAGUGGCCUCACCAUGCUGCGCCCCCACCAAGAUGAGCCCCCUAAGUAUGCUCUACUAUGAGAACGGCGAAAUGCUCCUUCGGCAUCAUGAGGACAUGAUGGUGGACGAGUGCGGCUGCCAGUGAGCAGAUCUGAAGCGGACUUGAAACCAAACAAAACAACACACUUAAUACCGGAAAUGGGGGAGCUCUUUUUCUUUCACCAUGCACUGUAUGAUGAUCUGUAAAUUAAUGUAUAUUUAUUGUGGAUAUUAAAAGCGGCCAUAUUUAUGUUUAUUUUUGCAAAGAUUCUGUCCCCUUAACCUUCAUUUUGUUGAUGACAAUGGUGCA